CAUGACGACCAUCAAGUGAAACUCCAGCGGGGCAACUGUCUCAUGUUCUGGUACGACUUCAACAGACGCUGCUACAAGUACGAUGCCACAGAGAUGACCUGGAGAUGGAUGUGGUCCGAUGGGUCUGCUGUCAACUUUUACUUUUGGUAUGGGCGAGAACCAAACAAAUCUGCAGGAAGUGAACACUGUGUUCACAAAAACUAUGACCCUGAAUUUAAAUGGAAGGCCAGCAGUGUGCUGGGCAAUGAUUAA